AUGUUCCACAACGGCAUCAAGCGCAGCAAGGAAGAACAGAGUAGCAAUUCGAACUCCAAUCCUUGCAAGCGUAUCCUCAAUUCCGCCAUCUCUGCGCAGAACCUUAACUUUGACUGCGCCAGCGAGGGUGAUGCAGCUCACCACCCUGGAUCAACCAUCUUCGAGGCGACGAGGGGCACGGGACAAGUCGAGACCGACGUCGAUGCACCGGUGCUCCAUCGGAUCCCACGACCUGACAUGGCCGGCAGACACGUCUACAGCGGACAGAGCAAUGCUGGCAACGAGUGCAAUCUUGGACAGUCUCGCGGCAAAGGCAUGGCGGCCGCCGCGGCAAGGUGCAAGCGAGAGGCAGACCCUGGGAUCGCGCUCCAUCUUGGAUGGCCGGUGAUGGGAAAACGUGCCGGGCAGGGUUUUGUGUCAGAAAUUCGCCGUUGCGCGCCGAGCGGUUCGACGUUUCGGCGCGGCGAAUGGCGAAUGCAGCCGCUCAUCAUCGCGCCGACUGCUUACCGCAAGCCGAGAGUGCAUAGCCUCGUUUCUUCCCGCUCUCCGCUGCCAAGACCCUUGGCCCGCACUCAGCACCCUUAUCGCCUGGUACCGAUUCCACCAUGGCUGUACCGUCUCCACCACCAUUGCGCUUCCUUCCCGACCACUGCUCCAUCUAGCCAUGCCGCCGAGUUUGCCGCUUUGUUAAGCAGCACGACUACAGGUGCAGACUUCUUUCGCAGGAUGGUUCGCGGCAUCGGCCUCGUUCUGGUCCUGCUGUGCUGGACGACAGCUGCGGUGGCGCGCAACUACACGCUGCGCGACGAGAUCACCGGACGCAAGUUUCUCGACGCCUUCUACUUUUGGGCUUACAAUGACCCAACCAACGGCACGGUCGAGUAUGUUGACGAGCUCACCGCCGUCGCUAAUCGGCUGGCGUACGUCGAUCCGAACGGACGAUUCGUCAUGCGUGCCGACAACACCACGCUCAUCCCCUCCGGCAAGGGUCGACCGAGCGUACGCAUCCACAGCAAACGCAAAGUGGCCGACGGGAUCAUCGUAGGCAAGUUCAGCCACAUGCCACAGGGGUGUGCCACCUGGCCGGCGUUUUGGACGUGCACCACGGAGCAAUGGCCGAGGGGAGGUGAGAUCGAUAUCGUCGAAGGUGCCAACGAUCAGGGACCGCGCAAUCUCGCCAGCUUGCAUACGCUGUAUGGCUGUCACAUCCCUGGCGGAUCGCGGUCAGAUCAGACGGGUUUCACUGGACAGGCAGAUUGCUCGUAUCAGCCUGGAUGCUCGGCCUCGUUCAACGCAGAUCGAUCCUACGGUCCGGGCUUCAAUGCCAACGGUGGCGGAUACUUUGCUGUGCGGAGGGAAACUCGACCUGGCGAUCCGGGCAUUGGCGUGUAUUUUUGGCCGAUCACUACGGCGAUCUCCUCCCUGCCCGCCGCUGUUGCUGCAGCUGCAGACGGUACCUCGGCUCCAAAGUACGUUGUGACCAACUCCAACGCCACGGGCAACGAUCGAAGCGAGCUCAGCAAAUGGGGCACCCCUGCGGCGUUCUUUGCAAAUACGCCCAACGCCACCGCUUCGCAAACCGCGUUGGCGACAGGACAGGGCUCGGUGUGUCAGAUGGAAAACUACUUUGACGAGCACGAGAUCAUCAUCAACCUCUCGCUGUGCGGUGACUGGGCAGGCGAGACGUUCGGGUACAGCGGAUGUGCAGCACGGUACGGCAAUGUCUCGUGUGAGACGUUUGUACGCAACAACCCCGCUGCCUUCAGCGACGCACGCUGGGAAAUUGACUACCUCCGCAUCUACGACAAUGCCGCUUCCUCCAUGCACCUCAACUCGGUCGGCUGCAUCCUAGCCGCGGUCCUGUCAAUAGCGCUACUUCUAUAG